AUGACGGCGUCUCCUGAUUACUUGGUGGUGCUUUUUGGGAUCACUGCCGGGGCCACAGGAGCCAAGCUGGGUUCGGACGAGAAGGAGCUGAUCCUGCUACUGUGGAAAGUGGUGGAUCUGGCCAACAAGAAGGUGGGACAGUUGCACGAAGUACUAGUUAAACCGGAUCACUUGGAACUGACUGAGGACUGCAAAGAAGAAACCAAGAUCGACGCCGAAAGCCUGUCCUCAGCCCCGCAGCUGGAGCAAGCCCUCAGACAGUUCAAUCAGUCCGUGAGCAACGAACUGAACAUUGGGGUAGGGACUUCCUUCUGUCUCUGUACUGAUGGCCAGCUUCAUGUCAGGCAAAUCUUGCACCCUGAAGCUUCCAAAAAGAAUGUAUUAUUGCCUGAAUGCUUCUACUCCUUUUUCGAUCUCCGGAAAGAAUUCAAGAAGUGUUGCCCUGGUUCACCUGAUAUUGACAAAUUGGAUGUUGCAGCAAUGACAGAUUGUUUACAUCUUGAGAAAGGUGUUUCAACCUCCCGAUAUGGAGCCUCUGAUGUUGAAGAUAUGGGGAAUGUUAUUCUAACCAUGAUUUCAGAACCAUACAAUCACAGGUUUUCAGAUCCAGAGAGAGUGAAUUACAAAUUUGAAAGUGGAACUUGCAGCAAGAUGGAGCUGGUGGAUGAUAACACUAUAGUCAGGGCAAGAGGUUUGCCAUGGCAGUCGUCAGACCAAGAUAUUGCAAGAUUCUUCAAAGGCCUUAACAUUGCCAAGGGAGGUGCUGCACUUUGUCUAAAUGCCCAGGGUCGAAGAAAUGGAGAAGCAUUGGUUAGGUUUGUGAGUGAAGAGCACAGAGAUCUUGCACUACAGAGGCACAAACACCACAUGGGGAAUCGGUACAUUGAGGUUUACAAAGCAACUGGUGAAGAUUUCCUUAAAAUUGCAGGUGGUACUUCCAAUGAAGUAGCCCAAUUCUUGUCCAAAGAGAAUCAGGUCAUUGUCCGAAUGCGAGGACUCCCCUUCACUGCCACAGCAGAAGAAGUAUUGGCUUUCUUUGGACAGCAUUGUCCUAUCACAGGGGGGAAGGAAGGCAUCCUAUUUGUCACGUUUCCUGAUGGUAGGCCAACGGGGGAUGCUUUUGUCCUGUUUGCUUGUGAGGAAUAUGCACAGAAUGCACUGAGGAAACACAAAGACUUGCUGGGUAAAAGAUACAUUGAACUCUUCAGGAGCACCGCAGCUGAAGUUCAGCAGGUGCUGAAUCGGUUUUCUUCUACACCCCUCAUUCCACUCCCAACUCCCCCUAUCAUUCCUGUACUACCUCAGCAAUUUGUGACCCCCACCAGUGUCAGAGACUGUAUACGUCUAAGAGGGCUUCCUUAUGCUGCCACUAUUGAGGACAUAUUGGAAUUUUUGGGAGAAUUUUCCAGUGCUAUUCAAACCCAUGGAGUUCAUAUGGUAUUAAAUCACCAGGGUCGCCCAUCGGGAGAUGCUUUUAUCCAGAUGAAAUCUGCAGACAGAGCAUUCAUGGCUGCACAAAAGUGUCAUAAAAAGACUAUGAAGGACAGAUAUGUUGAAGUCUUUCAGUGUUCAGCUGAGGAGAUGAACUUUGUGUUAAUGGGGGGCACUUUAAAUCGAAAUGGCUUAUCCCCACCGCCAUGUUUGUCUCCUCCCUCCUACACGUUUCCAGCCCCUGCAGUGAUUCCAACGGAAGCUGCCCUUUAUCAGCCCUCUGUCCUGCUGAGUCCCCGGACACUGCAGCCCUCCACAGCCUACUACCCAGCUGGCACACAACUUUUCAUGAACUACACAGCAUAUUAUCCCAGCCCCCCAGGUUUAUCUAAUAGUAUUGGCUAUCCAACAGCUGCUAAUGUUAGCAAUAUUCUUCCACAGCAUGGCAUGGUAGUCAAAAUGCAGGGCCUGACCUAUAAUACUAGAAUUAAGGAAAUGUUUAACUUCUUCCAAGGUUACCAGUAUGCAGCAGAGAAUGGACUUGUACACUCAAAUGACCAGGCAAGGACACUGCCUAAAGAAUGGGUUUGUAUUUAA